GUGUUUGCGCAAACACUUCAGAUGACAACUUGAGCUUGUGUUUUAUAAAUGACAGUCAUUAAAAGUUGUUUUUUCGCUCAAAAUAAUAAUUUUAAAGCUUGAGUAGAACAGGUACCUAAAUAGAUGUCGUGAUCGACGUCCUUACAUAAUGUCAGUUCCGAGCGGUGGGUGGUUUGGGCGCUUCAAGAUGAAUGUGAGUAUAGUUGGAGCGAUAGAGCACAUCCGGUCCGCCAUGGACGCCAUGGUCUCCGGAUCCCAGCGCCUCCUGGGCCACGCGCCGAGCACUAAGUCGAAGUAUAAGAUGGCUAGCUUCAGACAGAGGGCCGAAAAGAAACGUGUCAAGGUCCUGAGCGUGUCGCUGUAUCUCAUGUUUGUGAUGUCAUCAGCCAUUGUCAUGUGCAUAUAUUACGCUUUGUUUUGGCGACCUUGCACGAGCAAAAUAUUCUUCCACAAUGACGUCACCAGUCCGGAAAACAAUCGCUGUUGUGCUUACUCAGAAUCGUGGAUGGCGUGUUUCUGGCCGGGCGCAAAGUGUCACGUGGAGAAAGGUCGCAGUGUGUGUCCUACUUCAGGUGACCUUGACCCCGUCACUCGACCCGGUGACCUUAUCCCUGUCAUUGACCCUGGACGUGAGGUCAGGGCUGCGUGUGGAACGGAUAAAUAGUGAAAAGUGAGAGCACGUGAAAGAUGUCUCGCACAGCCUGUAUUACACAAUAUUUUUUCAACCUGCUACAUUAGUCAUUAAUGCCACGAUUGGGACGAAACAGAGGCAUGUAGUAGAGACAUACAGAUAUAUAAAUAAUAAUGUAAAAUUGUGUCCU